AUGUCUAAACCAGCGCAACCUCCAGCCCCAGGGCUCAACGUCAUCGCUCUAGUCUCCGGCGGAAAAGACUCCCUCUACUCCAUUCUCCACUGUAUCCGCAACGGCCACAAAGUGGUUGCGCUAGCGAACCUUUACCCAGAACCGCAACCCAAAUCCCCAACCCCAAAUCCCAACGCUCAAGAUGAAGAAGAAGAAGACAUCGACAGCUUCAUGUACCAGACAAUCGGUCACAGCAUAAUCCCCCUCUACGAAUCGGCCCUUCAAAUUCCCCUCUACCGCCAACCCAUCACCGGCGCCGCAGUCGAUACCGCCCGUAUCUACGGCAAUACAGCUACCGAUCAAGACGAGACGGAGUCCCUGGUUCCGCUCCUGAGGCGCAUACAAGCCGCCCAUCCGGAGGCAAAUGCUGUCUCCGCGGGCGCGAUUCUCUCUACCUAUCAGCGCACGCGCAUCGAGAGCGUCGCUAAUCGUCUUGGCCUUGUGCCCCUCGCUUGGCUAUGGAUGUAUCCGUCGCUCCCGGCGCCGAUGGCUAGGUCUGCUGAUACGUUGGCGAUCGGCCAGGCGGGGUUGUUGGAAGAUAUGGCGGCUGUGAAAUGUGAUGCGCGGAUUAUCAAGGUUGCCUCGGGCGGUCUGGACCAGGGAUUCCUGUGGUGGAAUGUGUCUGGUGCUGAGAGUGGCGGCCGGAUGAUGCGCAGGUGUCUAGUGAAGGCGAUGAGUCGGUUUGCUGCGGCGGAGGAUAUCCGUGGGGCGGUGUUGGGUGAGGGCGGGGAGUAUGAGACUCUUGCGUUGGAUGGUCCUGGGUUUUUGUGGAAGAGCAGGAUUGAGGUCGGGAGUCGGAAGGAGAAAGUUGGGGAAGGCGGUGUUGCGUUUGUUAGUUUGAGGGGGGCUAGGUGUGCGGUUAAGACAGCUAGGGAGGUUGGGGAUGGGAUUGCGCCGAGUGAUGUCAGAAGGCCUGGAGUGUUGGAUCCGGCUUUUGAGGGUGUUUUGGGGUCUGGAUUGGACCAUUCUGGGUCUUCUGAUGACUCGGGUUUGCGGGGGAGCACUGCUCGCUCGCCGCAAUGGUCGGUCUGUGAGCCGGUGCAUAGACUAUCUGGCUCGACGUGGACGAUGUCGAAUAUUGUUGCGCCUGAGGCUGGUCCUGGGGCGGGAGAACAGAUGAAGGGGAUUGCAAACAAGGUCGAGCAGGUGCUCGGGUCUUUUAAUCACGCCGAGGCUGGUGCCCGGUCAACAGACGACAUCGUUUUCGCUACGGUGCUGCUAAAUUCAAUGGCCGACUUUGGUUCAAUGAAUGAUAUCUACGUCUCGCUGUUCAAGAAACCCAAUCCUCCAGCACGUGUUACCGUCGCCUGUGGAGACCGACUUCCUUCCAAUGUCAAAGUGAUGGUCUCAUUCGUGAUUGACUUGGGUGCGAGGGACCGGCGUCAAGGCCUGCAUGUUCAAUCGAGGUCAUACUGGGCGCCCGCCAAUAUUGGACCAUAUUCGCAAGCGAUGUCAGUCCCGCUGCAAAAUGCUAGCAGGCUCGUCCACAUUGCUGGUCAAAUUCCUCUAGAUCCCGCUUCUAUGGAUAUGGCGCGGGUGGAAGGGCCAGGGUCAUGGUCCGAGAACUACCGCUUCCGAGCCGUACUGGCUCUCCAGCAUCUCUGGAGAAUCGGUGAAGCCAUGCAGGUGGACUGGUGGCUCGGUGCUGUGGCCUUCCUAGCUCGCGGAGAACACGCUAAUGCACAAGCCCAAGUAGCGUGGCGCCUUUGGGAGAGAAUGCAUGCUUUGCCUGAUAAUGAAGACGAGGAUGAUGAUGAAGGCCCACAGCUGGACGCUUGGGAUAUCAAAUAUGGUCGUUGCACAGAGGAGCUGUCCGAUGCCCUUGUGCCAAGUCUGCCUAAGUUUACUGCUCUUGUCGAGUCCCAUACAUGCAUUCCUCCAUUCUUGGCUGUCCAAGUGGAUGAGCUUCCACGAGGAAGUGAUAUUGAAUGGCAAGGACUGGGAGGCCGGUGUGAGCAGGUCAAGCUGGACAUUAAAGGAGGGACAUUUUCCACCACCAUGGAUGGUCAAUACAAGUAUACCAGUAUCGAGAUUGACGCGGGUUCGUCAGACGAUACAUUUGAGCAAAUAUUGAGAUCAGUGAAAGAUGUUCACUGCCGAGAUUCCAGUCUAACUCAAGCUGUUUUAUACACCACACAUCUGGUGCCUGAAACCUUGUGGCCAGGCCAAGUGGUUCCUUGCAGAUCAGUAUGGGGACGAGAAGGGCGAAGACUGAGCGCAGGGGUGGUCCUGCAGCAGCUCAGUUAA